AUGGCUAUAAACAGAUUUUCUGCGAGAAAUGUGAGAGCCCAUCUGGCCAGCUUUUCCCUCUUGCUCCUUUGGCUGCUUACCUGUUGUGCACAGCCACAGCCUCCUGAAUCACAUGAUUUUCAGUUCACCAGGACUGUCUACAAUGCAACUAUUUAUGAGAACUCUCCGGCACGGUCCUACCUAAAAAGCGAAGUCAAAAUGGGGAUCAUUCUGAUACAGUCCAUCCCAGCGGACAUUGAAUACUCGAUCAUGUCAGGAGACGAGGGGUUGUUUGAAGCCGAGAAGUACGUGCUGGGAGAUUUCUGUUUUCUGCGCAUACGUACUAAGGGGGAAAGCGCAGACAUUCUGAAUCGUGAGAUAAAGGACUACUACACAUUAAGUGUAAGAGCUACAGCUAGUGGUGGUCUACAAGCAUAUACAAAAGUCAUUGUGCAAGUUAUGGACAUGAAUGACCUUCGACCUUUAUUCUCACCUACUUCUUAUACCAUCAUUGUACCUGAAAGCACCCCAGUGGGGGCCAGCAUUGGCCAGGUUACUGCCACUGAUGCUGACAUAGGCUCCAAUGGUGAAAUUUAUUAUUUCUUCAUAAAAUUAGUGGAAGAGUUUGCUGUCCAUCCCACCAGUGGCAUUAUAUAUCUUACAGCCAAACCCGAUGUUGAUAAAAAUACAAAAUUUGAACUUGAGGUGUUGGCAGUUGAUCGUGGAAUCAAAGUUUAUGAGAACAAUGGUCUGAGUAGCAUUGCAAAAGUAUUAAUCGACAUCAUACAAGUUAAUGAAUUUUCACCAACACUAAAUGUGGUUGCAGUUGUCCCAUCUGUGACAGACAAAGAGCCAGUGUAUGCUGUGGUUACAGUGCAGGAUCUAGAUGAAGGUAGAAAUGGGGAAAUCGAAUGGGUUGGUAUCACCAAAGGUGAUCCUUUGGAGCAGUUUGUUCUCAAGCAAGCACCACGUGGUAAUAAUUACUUGCUGAAAAUGUCUGAACCAGCAGAUUUGAAUACAUUUCCAUAUGCUUAUAAUCUCACUUUCCAAGCCAAAGACAGAGGCAUACCUCCACGGUUUUCCAACACUCAGAUUCUUCAACUCUUGAUAAAAAGACCAGAGCCUGUGCUUUUUCAAUUUGAGGAAGAUAUAUACAGAGCUACAGUUAAUGAGAUGGCUCCUCCUGGAACAAUUAUACGGACUGUUGCAGUCUUUCCUAAGCCACAGUAUGUCACCUAUAGCUUAAGCCCUACAUUGGAUUCUACAUAUUUCUCUAUUAAUAGUUUUACUGGUGUCAUAUCAACAAUAAGGCCAUUUACCAUGCCAGGACAUCAACUUUUUGAGUUAGAGGUAAUAGAAUCUGCAAGUGGUCUGAGUGCCAAAGUGCAGAUCACUGUGGAAGAUGCUAAUAAUAAUGUUCCAACAUUCACCCAAGAUUCAUACAAAGUGACUGUCAGUGAGAAUACUCCAAUUGGUACUGUAAUACUUGUCGUAUCAGCAGUAGAUGGCGAUCAAGGGGAUAAUGGAUGCAUAACAUACAGUAUACCAAUCCUUCAGCCUGUGCCCUUUACAAUUAACCCAAAUACCGGUGAAUUAAUGACAUUAAAAGAACUGGAUUUUGAAUCAUCUUUGGAAACAUAUGUUUUCUUUGUCCGGGCUUCAGACUGGGGCUUGCCUUAUCGAAGAGAGAGUGAGGCAAAUGUUACAGUACAACUUAUAAACAUCAAUGACAAUCCACCCCUUUUUGAGCGUGUAUCAUGUAAAGGAAUAAUUGGUCAAGAUUUCACCAAAGGACAGACAAUAUUCACUUUUUCUGCUAUUGACAUUGAUGACCUUGGUUUGGUUAAAUAUAAUAUACUGUCUGGAAAUGAACAGGGCAUCUUCAGUUUAAAUCCAGACUCUGGCAUUUUGUCACUGAGGAAGUCCCUUGUUGGUGCUAAUGUUAAAAAUGAAGUGUUUAGUUUAAGAAUAGCAGCCACAGAUGGUGAGUUAUUCUCUGAGCCCACCUUUAUUAACAUAUCGGUUGUUAAAGGGAAAACUUUAACCAGGAAUUUGAGUUGUAAUGACACAAAUGUUGGACAAAAAAUUGCUGAACAGCUUCUCAAAAAAGCCAGUGCAAUGGACAAAUCAAAGAUUGAAGAAGCUUACAACGACCUAUAUUCUGUCAAUCGUCACACACCUCAGUUUGAAUCUUUUUCCUCUGCUAUAGUAGUUCGUGAGGAUUUGCCUGUUGGAUCAACUGUCAUGAAAGUGAACACCACUGACAAAGAUACAGGCUUCAAUGCUCGCAUUCUCCAUGUUAUAUCUGAUGGAAAUACUGACAGCUGUUUCAAUAUAGAUAUGGAAACUGGUGUGAUUCAUAUCUAUCAGCCACUGGAUCGUGAAAAAUCAGACCGAUAUCUCCUUAAUAUAAGUAUAUAUGACAUGGGUCUGCUUCAGAGGUCUAGCUGGAGGCUGGUAACUGUAAACAUUGACGAUGUAAAUGAUAAUAGCCCUCAGUUCUCCUCGGAGAGCUACACCGCAGUGGUGCCUGAGAACACAGCCAUUGGAACAGAAGUGAUCCAGAUUGUAGCCUCAGAUAUUGACCUGGAUCAAAAUGGUGAAAUCUUUUACACAUUAUUGACUAGUACACCUCUUUUCAUCAUUAACAGUGGAACUGGGUGGCUCUAUGUUUCUGGGAAGCUGGACAGAGAGUCAAUGUCAGAUAUUACCCUGAAAAUUGAAGCCAGAGACAAGGCAGACAAAGGGAAUCAAAAAUCCUCUGUGACGACGCUAAAGGUCUACUUGGACGAUUUAAAUGACUGCCCACCCAUGUUUAUUCCCAAGAGUUAUAGCUGCAAGGUAUUAGAAGACGUUCCUGUAGGCACUGUCAUUACAUGGUUGCAAACCCAAGAUCCUGACCUUGGAUUGGGGGGAAAAGUAAAUUAUUUCCUGACUAAUGACUUCAAUGGGAUGUUCAAGGUCAAUGUGGAGAGUGGAGCUGUAAAAGUGGCCAAGGAACUAGACUUUGAAAAGCAGCAAUUCUACAAUAUCUCCGUGGUUGCAAAAGAUUGUAAUGACUCUGCUCAGCUUCAUUCUUUUUCUUACAUUGAGGUGGAGGUGGUUGAUGUUAAUGAAAAUUUUAAUGAGCCCAGCUUCUUCGAGUUUGCAGUGAAUGCCACUGUUAAGGAGAACUCACGCCUUGGAACAAGUGUGGUUCAAAUCACUGCUAAAGACAACGACACGGGCAGGGAUGGCCAACUAAGAUACUCAAUCAAAUCUGGCAGUGGCCUUGGCAAUUUCUUCAUUGAUGAGGAGACUGGAGUGAUCUACACUUCUAGUAUUCUAGACUGUGAACGUCAGGACUCUUACUGGCUAACCGUCUACGCCACAGACCGAGGGGUUGUGCCGUUCUCUACCUCCAUCGAGGUGUAUGUCCAGGUGGAGGAUGUCAAUGAUAAUGCCCCUUUGACCUCUGAGCCCAUCUAUCAUCCUUAUGUAUUGGAGAAUUCACCCAAAGAUGUUUCAGUGGUGCGUGUACAGGCCAAUGACCCUGACGUUACUUCUUUUGCCGAACAUCUCACAUACCGCAUCACAGCAGGAAACCCACAAAACUUCUUCACCAUCAAUUCCAAGACAGGUCUCAUCACUACGACAUCAAGGAAACUGGACAGGGAGCAGCAAGCCGAGCACUUUUUGGAGGUUACUAUUUCGGAUGGCAGUGGAGUCUCCAGGCAGUCCACAGUGUGGGUAAUAGUGCAUAUUGAAGAUGAGAAUGACAACACACCAAAGUUUCCCGAGAGAGUCUAUUGCAUAAGUCUUCCAGAACGGGACCAAAACAAACAUGGAAAUCCUGUCUUUAGAGUCUUUGCGUUCGACUUGGAUGAAGGGCCUAAUGCAGAGCUCACAUACAGUAUAGUGGAUGGAAAUGAAGAUGGGAAGUUCUUUAUUGAUACCAAAACUGCAAUGGUGUACUCCACAAAGAUGGUGACAGCAGGGGCUUAUGACAUCCUCACGAUAAAAGCAAUGGACAAUGGGAUCGCACAGAAAUGGUCAACUGUCCAGGUACACAUUGAUUGGACCAGAAAGGUAUUGCCUUUGCCACAGGCCUUGCAAUUUGUGGCACCUGCCUAUAACUUUACUAUUGCAGAGAAUUCUAAAGUGUUUCAAAAUGUGGGGAGCAUCUUUGUGCAGCAAACAGAAACACCAGUCUGGUUUGAUAUCAUUGGUGGUACAUCACUGGAGAUGUUUAACAUUCCCCGAUUUCAUAAUGCUAGAAACUGCACAACCAGCACAGGAAAAGAAAACUAUGACGGAGUGAAUGACAUCCAGAGGGGAAUGGGGACUAUAGUUUUGGUGAAGCCAUUGGAUGCAGAAAAUCAGUCAUUUUACAACCUAACUGUCCAGGUGACUGAUGGGACAAAUACAGCAACCACACAGGUUUAUAUCAGAGUUUUGGACUGCAAUGAUAACCCUCCAGUUUUCUCCCAACCUAAAUAUGAGGUCUCAGUUUUAGAGAACACACCAGUGAACACAGAGGUUCUGCGUAUCAAAGCCACGGAUAGUGAUGAACGAGCCAAGCUGAGUUAUUCUUUUCAUGGUAGUGUGGAUCUGGUCAGCAUGCGUAUGUUUCGAAUUGAUAUUGGCACUGGUGUCAUUUACACUGCUGAUGUUUUGGACUAUGAGGCAUGUGCACAGCAUAUUCUUAUUAUUAUGGUGAAAGACCAGGAAUUCCCCUACUACAGAGACCUGGCUCAGAUCAUAGUGAAUAUAGAGGAUUCCAAUGACCAGAGUCCUUUUUUUACUAACACAGUAUAUGAUGGAAUGGUAACUGAUUCUGCCUCAGGGGUACCUGUUGUACAGGUUUCAGCCUUGGACAGAGACACAGGGAGGAAUAAAAAGUUGGUAUACUCCAUUGAAGCAGGUAACACAGGAGGUGCAUUUGGAAUUGAUUCACUGUCUGGCAUUAUUUUAGUGGCCAGAGAGCUAGACUUCACAUUUGUUGGCUAUUACAUUCUUACUGUUCGUGCCACGGAUGGAGGCAAUCCAGCACUAAGUGCCACUGCAACUGCCAGAAUUUCCAUCUCACUCUCAAAUAUCUCUAGUCCUAAAUUCACCCAAUCAGAGUACCAGGCUGAGAUUCCUGAGAAUGUGCCUGUUGGAACCUUCGUUUCUCAUAUCACAGCUCUAAGCCCUUCCGAACUCAUUUACAAUAUAGAUCAUGGGAAUAAUGAGAAGACGUUUGAAAUCAACCGCUACACAGGUGUAAUUGUGACUCAGAAGUCCUUAGAUUUUGAAACCACAUCAUUCUACAAAUUGAUUAUCCAGGCUGUCAACAUGGCGGGGUUUGUUUCCCGUGCUACACUUAACAUUCAAGUGGUAGAUAAGAAUGAUAAUCCACCUGUAUUUCAACAGCUGUGCUAUUCGGGAAGCAUUAGUGAAGCAGCUGCCAUCAACAGUGUGGUUUUAGAUGAUGAUGGAAGUCCCCUAGUGAUCCAGGCUUUUGAUUCUGAUAGGAACGAGAAUUCUUUACUAGUCUUCCAUAUUGUGGAAGACAUGGCAAAAUUAUUCUUCUCUGUUGAUGCUGGUACUGGAUCAAUCAGAAACAUUGCCAAUCUGGACUAUGAGACCUUUAGUGAGUUUUACUUUCAAGUCAGUGUUAGGGAUAGUGGUAGCCCAGAACUGACUGCAGACAGUGCAGCAGAAGUUUUAAUAAAAGUCAUAAACAUCAAUGAUUCUCCUCCCCGAUUCUCUCAAUACACAUACGACACUGUUGUGCUGCUCCCUACAUAUUCUAGUCUAGAGAUUUUAAAAGUGGAGGCAUCUGACCCUGACAUGAGUACAAAUUCAAUUUAUUAUUUUGCUGACAACAACCUGGAGCCUUUUGCCAUUGAUUCCAGGACUGGGAUCCUCACAGUCAAAAACACCAAGCUGUCACAAGACAGGUACUCUUUCAACAUAAAGGCAUCAGAUGGACGUUACUCCUGCACUGCACUUGUGACAGUAAUAGUACGUGAGGCUAUGGACAGUGGUCUUUUGUUUAGUGAGCCAUCAUACACUUCCACGGUAUUGGAGAACACCAUGAACAUAUCUACUUUAAUGGUAGUCAAUGCUAUAGGAAACCAACUAAAUGAACCAAUUAAAUAUACAAUGUUAAAUGCAGGGACCCACUUUAAAAUUGGACCCACAUCUGGGGUCAUACAGACCACUGGAAUCGCAUUUGACUGUGAAGAGCAAGAGGUAUAUGAAUUGGUAGUGGAGGUGAGUCGUGAACAUGACUGGUUAAGGGUUGCCAGGGUGAUGGUUCGAGUGCAAGUGGAAGACGUCAAUGAUAACGCUCCUGAGUUUGUCGGCCUACCAUACUAUGCUGUAGUGCAGGUUGAUGCGCAGAUUGGCUCAUCUAUAUUUCAGGUGUCAGCUACAGACUUGGACAAAGGAAUAAAUGGAAUGGUUUCCUAUGAGCUUGAGGAUGAACAUAAACAUUUUGAGCUAAACAGUAUAACAGGUGAAGUUACUCUUCAAAGAGCCUUUGUAGCUGACAUGUCCAAUGUUGAGUACUCACUAGUCAUUAUCGCGCGUGAUGCCGGCUACCCUUCACUUUUUACUGCUGUAGAACUACCAGUCACAAUAGUUAACAAAGCCAUGCCCGUUUUUGACAAAAGUUAUUAUGGGUGUUCUGUUAGAGAGGACAUACCUGUGUCAACCCCAAUUCUAAAGAUUAAUGCUGUGAGUCCUGAAGGGCAGAACAUUAUUUACACCAUUGUGAAUUGGUAUCCCUCUCUCCAGUUUGACAUUGGUUUUGAAAGUGGUGUGAUCAGUGUUAUUUACCCCAUAGAUUAUGAGACUACUCCUUAUUAUAAGCUAAUAGUCAGGUCCACUGAUAGGAUCACUGGAGCUGCAUCAGAGGUUGAUGUUAACAUUGAUAUUUUGGAUGUAAAUGACAAUGCCCCUGUAUUUGAGAAAGCUUUAUACACUGUUACUCUGGCUGAGAACUUAAUCACAGGGACUGUGGUGGUACAACUCUUUGCAACAGACAGUGAAUCUGAAAAUGAUGCUAUUCAUUAUGAGAUACUUUCAGAUGAUUCAAACUACACAGACUACUUUGCCAUUGAAAGCACCACUGGUCGUGUUGUGACAGUCCAUCUUUUGGACUAUGAACUAAUUCAACACUAUAGAUUCAUUGUCCGAGCAACAGACGAUGGCUCCCCACCCCAGAGCAGUGAGGUCACGCUUUCUAUCUUGGUAAAUGACACAAAUGACAACCCUCCAUCCUUUGACCAGCCACUCUAUGAAGUCUUUGUUAAUGAACUUGCUCCGAAGGGGAACUUUGUAACCUGUGUUCAGGCUUUUGAUGCAGACAUCUCCGAUUUUGACAGGAUAACAUAUAGCAUUCUUUCUGGAAAUGAUAGGAUGAACUUUUUAAUAGACCCUGAAACAGGAGUCAUUACUCUAUCGCACCAACGUUUGCAGCGGAUGCAGCAGUUAUACAUGCUCAAUGUGUCUGCAUCAGAUGGAGUGUUCACUAGUAUAGCACAGGUAAAUAUUUGGAUACUUUGGGCCAACCUAUAUAACCCUGUUUUUAGCCAGAAAUUUUACCUUGCUGAGAUACAAGAGAAUAGACCUGCAGGAACUACGGUUAUUCAGGUUCAGGCCACAGAUGAAGACCUUGGGCUUUUUGGUCAGAUAAUGUAUUCGUUUAUCAAUGACCUUGGAAAGUCUCUGUUCAUUAUUGGAGCAGAUGGAGUAAUCAUCACUGCCCAAAAAUUAGACAGAGAGAAUAUGAUGAUUAGGGAUAUUAUAUUGAUAGUAAUGGCUCUGGAUGGAGGUGGAAGAGCCUCUUUCUGCAAUGUUAGAGUAAUAUUAACGGAUGAGAAUGAUAAUGCUCCACACUUCAGGGCUGUGGAGUAUAGGGUUAGCAUUAAAUCUAAUAUAGGUAUUGGUACACUUUUGACUCAGAUCCAGGCUCAGGACCCAGAUGCUGGGGAUAAUGGCAAGGUGACUUAUUCAUUGUACAGUGAGGCAAGGCUUCCUUUAGUGGAUGUGUUAGAAAUUGAGCCUGAUAGUGGAUGGAUGGUCACAAAGGGAAGCAUGACUCAUUUGAGAGGAACAGUUUUAUCCUUCUUUAUUAAGGCCACAGAUGGAGGAGUCCCUUCUAAACACUCAUUGGUGUCUGCAUUCAUCCAUGUACUCCCACCUGAUGCUACCAUGCCAGCAUUCACUCAGCCCCAAUACUCCUUUACUGUUCUAGAGGAUAUACCAAUUGGCACAGUUGUAGGUUCAGUGUUUUUAAGUCCAGGUCAGAGUGCAAUUUUUGCUGUGGUAAAUGGGGAAACAGUAGAGAGCAAUCAGGGGAAAAUGUUUAUAAUAGAUAGAGAAACUGGUGUUCUCAGGCUUGAUAACACGCUAGACUACGAAUUAGUUAACAUUUAUCAUUUCAAAGUGUCUGCCACCAUGAGAGAAGAUUUAGUAGAAUCUAUGUCUGUUGUUGAUGUGGAGGUGAAAGUCCUAGAUGUGAAUGACAAUAAGCCUUCCUUUGAGACUAGCUCAUAUUUAGCUAUGGUAAUGGAGGGCGUUUCUGUAGGUACACGGGUCAUGCGGGUAAAUGCUCUGGACCCCGACUGGGGCACAAAUGGCCAGGUUACCUACAGCCUUGAAUCAAUCUUCAGCCAUGAUAAAGAACAAACUGAGCAACCAUCUAUCAAUACUAUGUUUACAGUAGAUAGUAAAACAGGUUGGAUCACCACUCUUAGAGACCUGGACCAUGAAAUAUAUCCAUCGUACACGUUCAAUGUGGUUGCAUCAGAUCUAGGGGAGACAAUCUCUCUCUCUUCUACUGCUGCUGUCACUGUUGCUAUAGCUGACAUCAAUGACAACCCUCCCAUCUUUGAGAGUGCCUACUACAGAGCUGCUGUGAAGGAGAGUGACCCAAUAGGAGAAGUAGUGUGUGUUCUUAGCACCCAAGAUUCAGACACUUCUGAUCAGAAUAGACUGGUCAGCCUCCAUAUCACAGGGGGGAACCCUAGGGGGGUGUUUGCAGUAGAUACAGUGCAAGGAGUGUGGAAGUUGUUUGUGAAGCAGGCAUUGGAUAGGGAAAUGCAGGAUCGAUAUCUACUCAAUAUCACUGCCUCUGACAGCUUGUUUGUGACCCAUGUGAUUGUGGAGGUCACCGUCAUGGAUGCCAAUGACAACAGCCCUAUAUGUAAACAGGCUAUAUAUGAGGCAUCAUUUCCAGAGGACAUACCCAUUAAUUAUGGAAUUCUGACUGUUUGGGCUACAGAUUCUGACAUUGGUAUCAAUUCAGAAAUUCAGUACUCCUUAUUUGGCAUUGGAAUUGAAGACUUCUAUAUGGAUACUAACACUGGUGAGCUGAAGACUGCCUCUCUUAUGGACCGGGAGAGGACUCGGUCCUAUAAUCUAAUAGUGCAGGCUACAGAUGGAGGUGGCUUAUUCUGUCGCUCUGAUAUCUUUCUCACUGUAAUAGAUGUAAAUGACAAUGCUCCUUCCUUCUUUUACACUGAGUUUCUAGCCAGUGUGUUUGAAAAUACUGCACCUAAAACCCCACUAACACGUCUGCAGGCUGAGGAUCCUGAUGAGAACCUAAACAGAAGAAUCAUAUACUCUCUAGUGGACUCUGCUGAUAGUGCCUUCUCCAUUAACCCAUUUUCUGGAGUGGUAAUUCUGGAGAAACCUUUGGAUCGAGAGAUCAAAGACUCAUACCAAGUCAGAGUGCAGGCUGCAGACCAAACAGGGGCUGUCAGCUCACUCUCCACACAGGUAGACCUCAUUGUCAUGGUUCUGGAUGUCAAUGAUAACCCACCAGUCUUCCAGAAGCAGGACUAUGCUGUUACAGUGCCUGAAGAUGUUGCUGUUGGAACAGAGUUGUUGAGGGUCUUUGCUUCCAGUAAAGACAUUGGUAUCAAUGCGGAGAUCUACUACAGUAUCAGUACAGGCAACGAACUUGGGAAGUUUUACAUUGAUAAGACUUUAGGCAGCAUCUCAGUGGCUGAUGAUUUGGACUAUGAAGUCUGUAAAGACUUUUUCCUUAAAGUUGAGGCUGUUGAUGGUGGAACCCCUCCUCUGAAAACCUCCACAAUCAUAAGCAUUGACGUGAUGGAUGUAAAUGAUAAUGCACCUUACUUCAGUGAAGAGAUUUAUAAUGUUCUGGUCAGUGAAGACACUGCCAGUGGGGAGACCAUCAUUAGGUUAUUAGCAGAAGACCUUGACAGCCAAGUAAAUGGGAGAAUUACUUACUCAAUCUUGAGAGGAGACCAAGGGAACCAGUUCUGGAUCGAUCCAGUCACAGGACUAUUGAAGGUCAACAAGGCACUUGAUAGAGAGAAGGUCUCCAGCUACACUUUGUUCGUUCAAGCAUUCGAUAGUGGGUCUCCUGCGAUGUCCACGACUGUACCUGUGAACAUUGAUAUUGCUGAUGUGAACGAUAAUGCUCCAGUGUUUUCCCCAGAGAAUGCUUCAGCAGUUAUUCAGCUGAACAAACCUGCAGGUACCACCAUUCUGAUCCUUUCUGUCUCUGAUAAUGAUGCUCCACGAAAUGGAGGCCCUUUUGAAUUCCUAAUUGUAUCUGGGAACGAGGACAGCGCAUUCACUCUAGACAGGAAUGGAGAGCUGCGGUCGAACAAAGUGUUUGAACUACAUGCUACAAGGGAGUACGUCCUUGAGAUCCAGGCAUGGGACUCUGGGAAGCCUCGCUUGUCCUCGACCUCUUUUGUGGUUGUGCAUGUGAUUGGAGGAAGUGUCUUUAAGCCUGUGGUCGUUCCUCUAGAGAUCAUUAUAGUGAUGGUGGAAGGUGUCUUUCCUGGUGGCAUCAUUGGAAGAAUCUAUGCCAGGGAUGAAGAUGAGAAUGAUGAGUUGUCUUUUACACAGCAGCCUCAGCCAAAAAGCCUGUUCAGUGUUGACCGACAAGAUGGCAAGAUUGUGGCCCUGAGUGGUCUGGAGCCUGGCAGGUACUGCAUUAAUGCCACAGUCAGUGAUGGUCAUUUCUCAGAAACCGUGGGGGUAAAUGUGCAGGUUGAGGUGGCCACAGAAGAAAUGGUGCAGAAUGCCGUCUUAUUGCGCUUCCAGGACCUCUCUCCAGAGGACUUCGUGGAAAUAUACUUAAAGCCUUUGAAGAAAACUAUUCAAAAUGUACUGGUUGGGGCCAGAAUGGUGCAGACCCCAGAGCCAAUUCAUAUUAUUGGGGUGCAGUCGGUGACACAGUCUUCCCAGCUGGAGGUCCUGUUGGCUGUGGAAGCACAAAAGGGAGGUUAUCUGGAGCCUGGGGAGCUGGCACUGAGGCUGGGUGAACUACGGGAGAAGCUAGGAGGAACAUUGAAGCUGGUGGAUGUGCUGGAUCAGAGCUGCUCAGGCGAUUUGGACUGUGGUGAUAGUGUGUGUGAACUCAGCCUAAAGCUGGAACCUGCUGACUUUAUCACUUAUGGUACCUCUAAAGUGAGCUUUGUCUUGCCACGUUUUGUGCGCACACAGACUUGCAUGUGCUCAGGUGGAAUAUGUUCAACAUCUGAUGCGAUGUGUGGCCAGGCCUGUCCUCCUGACAUGCAGUGUGUCCAUAGUGCUGCAACAGCUCCCUCUGCAUGCCAGUGCCUGCCUGAAACUCUUCACCAGUGUGCAGGUCAGACAUCUCUGAGUUUUUCAGGGAACAGCUAUAUUAAGUACAAAGUGACGGCCAACAAGAGAGAUGGGGCUAUAAAGGUCAGCAUGAAGAUCAGAACCCUGCAAAACAGAGGAGUCAUAAUGUACAGGCAUGCUGAGCUUUGUCACAUGCUAAAGAUUGAGGAAGGGCGCCUUUGGUUCCAGCUGGACUGUGCCAAAACUCUCGAUGUACUGGGCAUCUCUGGACGCCCCAUAAAUGAUGGUGCAUGGCAUGCUCUGAGCCUAAGUCUAAAUUACAACUAUACACUACUCUCACUGGAUGACAGCCAUGUGGAACGCUGGCAUGAUGCCCAGAUCCCUGUUCAUCUCUGGCCUUCUACCACUAAUGUUUCACUGUUUUUUGGGGCUCUGGUGUCCCAGAGAGGUGAGCCCAGGCACUCCAUGCCAUAUGAUGGUUUCCAGGGCUGCCUGAGUGCUAUAACACUGAACGGAAAUGAGCUGCCACUACAGAGUAAGAGAAACCGCCAUGGUGAGUUAACCGCAAUCAGUGAGGUGAAGAUGGGCUGCGUCCUCUACCCUAACCCCUGUCUGGAGGUGUCAUGCCAGAAUGGUGCCACCUGCAAUAGCCUGGCCACUGGAGCUUUUUCCUGCAGCUGCCCACCACAGUACACUGGUACUCUCUGUGAGUCAAGAGUCUCAGCCUGUGUCCCCACACCGUGCCGGAACAGAGGAGAGUGUAAAGCUGUGGGUAACACUUUCCUUUGUGGCUGCACAAAAGGCUUCACUGGACUCAUAUGCAGUGAGGAUGUGAACGAGUGUGACCGGGAGGAGUGUGAAAAUGGCGGCACAUGUAUGAACACAUUCGGGUCAUUCUACUGCAACUGCACAGCUGGCUUUGAGGGCCAGUUCUGUGGGCAGCCAUCAGCAGGUGUAACAGGAACACAGGCUGAGAUGCUGUCCUACAUUGGCCCAGCAGAAGUGAUUGGUAUUGCCGUUUUGCUUUUUGUGGUGUUGGUGCUUCUUGUGCUGCUGGCUGUUUUCCAUAAGAAGCUGCUACGUAAGGACGGGAUCAGCGCUGAUUCAGCAGGCAUCUCCGCAGAGAAUAGCUAUCCCCUACGUGAAAUGUGUGCAGGUGCUGAAGGACCUGAAGGACCUCCACAGGUCAUGGUACGCCCUACUGCUUACACAGCACCAAGGUUUCAGAGGGAGGAAACAGCAGGUCUUGCCAGCAUCUCAUGUCCACCCCCAAUGGACACAUUUCAGUUAAGAUCACACAACCUGGGUAUACCUAGAAGAGGGGUAGCUGUGUGUAGCGUUGCUCCAAAUCUGCCCUCAUUGUUGCCCAACUUCCCCCUCCGUAACCCUCCCUGGGAGGAUGAUGAUGAAGAUGAUGAAGAUGAUGAUGAAAAUGAAGAAUGUGAUACUCAGGCCCGAAGAUGGCAAGAUAGAAACUAUCGAGCAGAUGGUCAAGAAAUGGACACAAAAUGGGAGUCUAUGACUGCAGUGGAUGAGGCCUCUUCUUUUUCAGAUAGCAAUACAAGUGAAGCUCACUCUGUUAGAUCUGACUUCUGCCUUGACAACGCUUCCGUUGUGACAGUGAUACGGCGGGUCAAUGAUGCAGCGGACCACGUCACCAGUAAAGCAUACCACUGGGAGGCUACGAAGUGGAUUCCUGACCCCUUAAUGACUGACCUGGAAUCCAUUAACAGACUGUGCUCUUCUCCUCUUCUACCAGCUCCUCAUAUCCUUACCGCCACACGGCUGAGUGACAGCAUUCGUUUAGGCGGCAGUGUGCACUCCCUGGAAGUCAGCUAUCCAUCACAUAUGUUUGAAGGCCACAGAGACUUUUACUCAUCACUAUCUAGGGAGAAGAGCCCUGACCCAGUGUGUGAUGGUUGCCAGGAUGAGGACAGUCUUCCUCAAAGGAGCUAUAAUGAGGGAAUAGCCAGUGCCUCGUGCUAUCACUCUAGCCAUGGGGAAGACGGGCUACAAGUCUGGAAAGAUUCUCACUCCUUUGGCAGCCAUAGGGAGAUCAAUAAACUUGGGGACAGACGAUCAUUUGGAGCUCAGUGCACACAGAAUAACCUGUCUGUGGACAGCCUGUAGACAGGUAUAAGCACGACUUUCUGAAAUGACAGC